GGCCCCCAUCGGGGCGUUAAUCUUAGGAAGGCCCCCCUGAAGCUGCCCUUGUGCGGGAUGGCGGGGUGGGCCGCGUCGCGGAGCGGGAACAACAGGGCGCAGGGAUCUUAGGCCCCGGGGUGUGAGGAGGCUUCUGCUGCAGUGGGGCCCUAGGUCCGCCCACCGACCAAUGUCCAUGAGGAAAGGGGAAGGGGAUUUAAGGAAGGAGUCUACACCCUGCGAAACACUCAGCCAUCACCGAACUCGCAGUUUUUUCCAUCUCGGCACUAGUCUAGACCUUCUAGAUUGGCUGUGACCAAAUAGAAAAUGAGUGCAGGCACUUCAGAUGCCACAGAGGCUGCACACAGCUCCGCUUCUACUAGUAAUGCUGCUGCUGCUGCUACUACCAGUACUGCGACCACGACCGAAGAGGCCAAACCAUCUGAAAAAAAGAUAUUUUACUGUGAGAUAUGCCAUGUCCCAUGUAUGAGCUCCAUAAGUCUUCAGUCACACUUCCGUGGUGCGAAGCAUAAAAAGAAAGAGCGAGCCCUGAGUUACUUUGGACCUGCAACUUCACGCUCAUUUGGAGGUCCAAGGCCAGCGCUUAAGCGGAAGCUCACUAAAGACAUCAGGAGCUUGAAGGAUUUAAUGUAUGAUCCUAAGAGAGAAGAACCGCUAAUUGGUUUGGAACAUGUGGUUGAAAUCAGAUUUGCUGGGAGGAAAGAGCCGCAUUAUGAAUGCAAACUCUGCGAAUUCAACACAGAAAUGGCUCCAAUGAUAGAACAUCUAAGUGGCUUUAAACACAGGAAAGCAUACAUUACCAAAACCUUUCCUAAAAUGAUAAAGACUGGUACACCAUUUGCGAAGGAGGACAGAGUUAAAUACCUCAGACAGUUAGCCCAAGAAGUAGAGAAGAAAGAAGGUUUAAAGAUGUACAUGACUGAAGAUUAUGCCAAGUCUGGUACAUCAGUUAGUUCGUGCACCCAGGUCUCUGGCAAAAAAAGGACAAGAUGGGCAUCUGAUUUCAAGCCUGAGAAUGAUCCUGUUAAAAAAUACAUGGCCCUGAAGUACAUGGAAACAUUUCGCAUAACUUCUGAAGCACAAGCAAGUUUAGUUAAGACUGUUACCCAGGGUUUGACAAAGGCUUUGAAGGCCUUUUGUGAAAAGCAAGCAGCGGUUAAUUAUGCCAGCAGUCUGAGACCUCUGAUGUCACUAUCUCGCUAUGAACUUGGAUCAGGAUACAGCAGCCGCCACCAAACUGCUUACAAAGACAAUGCAGGAAGCGGUAACCAUACUCAAGAGCCUUAUAGAAAAGCCCCAAAGUUGGACCAUUCACAGUUUGCAGUACCCUACCCGGCAAGCGCUUCAUAUCCCAGCGAAAAGUCAUUGAGUUAUUCAACCAGCAGCAGAUCUCAAGCCCAUUUCCCUAUGGGUGAAGGAAUUUCCUACUACAGGCAGAGGCUCAGUGAUUCAGAAACCAAGUCAUCUCAAGUUAACGAUCCGUACUUGCACCAUAAGGGAGGGUACUCUUCAGCACACAAAGACUGGACAAAGUCAUCCGAUUGGCACGGAAGGCACAUGAGGCAUUCCCUGGAUCAUCAUCAUCAUCAUGCACCCUACCCGUCUCCUUCUGGGGAAUGCUCUAUGUACUCCAGAUGCCCAGGGGGUGGCUAUUCCGACUAUAGCAAGUCUGACAUGUACGGCUGUAGGUCCGAUGAAGUCCGAAUGCCUGGUGGCGGUCCAUGCAGGCAUCGGAGAGGUGAACUGUCCUCCUAUACCCAUUCGAGGCAUUAUUCAGAUGAGAGAGCGUCGUACUCAGCUCCUCCUGUGACGUACCCUUCACCCAGAAGGUACUCCACAAGUUAUCCUUUGGAAGGUUGUUCUUAUUAUAGUGGGGAGUCUGCGAGAUCAUCAUCUCCUGUCAGAGCGAGCUCCAGUUGGUCUACAGAUGCCAGGUAUUCAAAGUCAAGCUACAGUGCCGAUUCUGCCUCAUUUCAUUCCUCCUCCGCCUCUUCCGUCAGUAGCGCAUAUCGGGAUUAUCCUCACGCUGCAGGCUCCGAGAGAACAUCCGACAGGAAUACUAGCAACCUGACUCCUGACAUUUUGAAUCGAAUCCAAGGGAAAGAUAAACCUACCGUGACAGCCUUGCUCACCCAGCUGACCCCAUACUAUCCAGCUCUGCAAAAGAUCAAUAUUCCAACAUUGGUCGCUGCAUUGUUUGAAACUGGAACAAUAAGUUAAGAAGAAACAACACGGAUGGAAACCAACAGAAAAUUCAAGAAUCAUUUCUUUCCAGCUUUCAGAUUACACAUUGAAUUCCAAGAAUGGGGUGGGAUUUGGGGAUUUGUCUUUAUAUCCCUUCAAGGACAGUGUUAUUUUUGAUGAAAUUAAGAGGGGCUGAAUAUUUUAGUAUAUUAAAAUUUCAGCAAUGUUUAUUUUAUGUAUUGGAGAAACCUGUUAAGUUUAGUAUUUUUUACCACAUUACAUUCAUCUAGUGGAUGGUAUUUGCAAUCUUCUUUUUGGGUUGCUUUGUUAUGUUUUUGGUAGUUACAUUUUGAGGAGGAAUGUGAGAGAAUGAAUAUAUGCCUGUUGGCAAUAUGUUGAUAAGCCUCUUCUGACUUUUCCAAUAUGAUUGUUUGUAUAUAACCAUUUAAUUUCCCUCUUAGAAUGAGGAAGGUAAUUAACUUAAAAGAAUUAGACACUAAAUGUCUUUCACCUUGUAUAUUAAAUAGAACACAUUGCAAACAGUGAAAUCAGUUAUUUAAACGUUGGAUAUUUCAGCCCAUCUGUAAGAAGUAGAAUGUUAGUUUACCUAUUUAGAAAUUGAUAUUCAAAAAUUUUUUUUUUUCAUUUGAAUGGGCAUCUAUCAGAAAAAUAUGUCUUCAAAGGUGGAUUGUGAUGAAACUUCUAGUUGUGAGUUGAAACAUAUUUGUAACUAAUUUGAGUGCGCUGUUUGCCUCAGAAUCCAAAGGUAGAGAGAGGGGGGAGGAAGAGAUGAGAUGUUAAAGCCAACUGAUUGUGUGGUAUACUAACAGUGAAAAUUACUUUUGUGGGUAAAACAAUGAAACUCAAAGUGUAAUAAUUGUGCCAAUAGCCAGGGGAACAGACCUUAGACCUGAAUCUAAGUCUUUUCUAUGAAUAACAUAUACAAAAUACUGUAGAAAAAGGUCCCCCUGGGUUGUUUGUGUACUUGCGAAAAAUUCUGCAAAGUAAAAAUUCUGAGAAAGAAGUUAAUUGUGCAGUUUCUUAAAAUCCCUGGGUUAUGUUUUUAACCCCCAGGUGUAUUAAAGAGUAGCAUUCAUUACCACUAAAAUCACGUGUCAGUGGUAAAAGGAAAAUUUGGAAAAAUAGACCAUUUGCAUAAAGGACAAACCACACUUGAACUCUGCCCUAAUUUGUUCUUUUGGAUGAAAUUGUAAUAUUUUCUCUUGUUCCUUCUUAAAACUUUCCUUAGCUGUUAAUUUAAUAAAUUUCAGUGAUGCAAGUGAA